CAGAAGAUGAAAAGAGCGCACAAACACUCUCUCUCUCUUCUGUUUCUGAGCCAUUCUUGUGUUUGAUCAAGUCAAAGCAAACCAUCUUUUCUUCUUCUUCUUCUUCUUCUUUUUUUUAACUAUUCAUUGUUGCACAAGAACAUUGUCUGAACCAAGGAGACUCCUACACAAUAGGAUUCAAGAAUCAAGAAUCAAAGAACAGCAACAACAAGAACAGCUUCUUGUGGUUUCUGGGAAGCAUUGGAAAGAACUGUAUAUUAUUGUUGGCAUUGGUGCUACCUACCUACCCCAUUGAGAAAAAAUCAAAUUUUGAUCGGUGGGUGAUUCCAAUUUUUAGCUGUUACAAUUACUGGGAUCUGGAUUGAAGUCCUUUAGAGGGUUUGAUUGAGAAUGAGUAUCAUGAAGUCAUUGGAUCACUGGAGGAGUUACUUCAGGUCUUGUUCAUCUUCAUCUGACAUAUUUGAAAUAAUUGACCAUGCGAUCAUGGUGGCGGCUUCUGAUUGCCCCAAGGAGUUCAGGCUGAGAAGGGACCAUAUUGCUGAGAUGCUCUUCUCUUGCAAGCAAACAAGGUGUGUGGGUUGUGACAGGGUUGAGCUCUGUGUCCCUGUUGAUGGUGCUGAUGGUGGUGGAGCUCGUGGUGGUGGUGAUGAUGAUGAUGGUGCCUACAAGAGCAGUGGUUUUCAUCACAAUCGGGAUGGUGUUGUUGAGUUUGAAGCUGGGGCAAGCAAGGAGAGCAAGGUCAAUAGCUCAAGGGGUGAUAUUGAUGAUCAUGGUGACAUGGAUGUGAAUAGGGUCCUUAGCAAUUAUAGCUUUGGUGAAGCUGAGGCAUUGACUGAUGAAAUGGAAGAACAGUCUCAGUUUGUUGCUGAGGUCUUGAGGAUCAGAGACAUUCUCCAUAACCGUCAAGAAGAGUCAGAUGCAGUAUUGUUUGAAUCACUGAGGAGGCUGCAACUGAUGGAACUCACUGUUGAUUGUCUCAAGGCAACUGAGAUUGGAAAGGCUGUUAAUCCUCUUAGAAAGCAUGCUUCAAAGGAUAUCCGUCAACUCGCACGAAAGCUUAUUGAUGAUUGGAAAGAAAUGGUAGAUGAGUGGGUCAAGGCCACAGCUAUUACAGGAUCAGAAGGCACUCCAGAUUCUGUAAAUCCAUCAGUUGUUGAUGAAGAGGAAGGACUUCCAUCACCUCCUUUGGACGAAGGCGCUUUCUUGGUAGCUUCAACCGGUUCAAUUGAACUCUCUCAGUUCUUUGAUGGCAUGGAUGAUAUCGGAAGAUGUUUUUCAGAUCCUCGACAAAGUGGGCAAGUCAAGAACCGAGAAAAUGGCAGAAAGCCAUCAAUGGACAUCCAACAUAUGGAAAAAAGGAAACCACAGGCUUCAAAUGACACUGCCAAGGAUAGUAAGAGCCAGCUGGUUAAGAGAAAUGAGGCCACAGUGAAGCCAAGUAGACCGGUAGCCGCUGAUUCCGGUCCUGGCAGACCACCAAAGUCAAGCAUGCAGCGAAAAAGCAAUGUCGAGCCUAGAACAGAGAAUGGUACAGUCACAAGGAAGCCUCCGGUUGACCAGCAAGAUAAAUCGAAUUGCUCGGACGAUGUGGAUGCGAAGCUAGAAGCCACUAAGAGGAAACUUCAGGUUCGAUAUCAAGAAGCUGAAAAAGCUAAGAGGCAACGAACUAUACAAGUAAUGGAAUUGAAUGAUCUCCCAAAGCAAGGAGCCAGCCAGCGAAAUCCUCAGUUCAAAGCCGGAAACCUUAACCGGCACUGGGCCAACGGUCGAAGGUAGAGGGUAGUUCAUAUUCUUGGAGGAACAACAUUGGUCAUUGUCACUCACUCUUUCAGUGUAGAGAAUAACAAAUCCAAUUCACCAUUCUUUCUUGUCAGAGGGGAAGUAAACUCUCAAGACUGUUUAUUUUCCUCAACUUUGCGUCAUAUCUGAGUAAAUAGGAAUUUUUGCGGAGUCUAUGAUUUGGAUUUGGAAGAGGGAAUUAUAACGUUUGUUUAUAAGAAAAAUUAUCUAUUGUUUUCACCAUUUUCUUUAGUUUAUUACAUUAGAGUUAGACUAAGGUGUCAUAUAACAUAGUACAUAGACUAUUAUGUUUAGAACUUUGAACAAUUUCAAUUUGCAAUAACAUUCAAUAGAAUUACUUUUCA